GCUCUCUCAGGCCCCCCUUCCCACGCCCAGUGCGCUGUGGGAUAGUGGCACUAUAAAGUAUAUCCUCUCUCGGAGAAAGAUAAGAAGCCCGAGACGGGAGGGGAUGAAGAUGGCGGACGCCAAGCAAAAAAGGAACGAACAGUUGAAACGGUGGUUAGGYUCGGAGACAGACAUCGAGCCUCCUAUUCUGAAAAAGAAGAAGACGAAGGUGAAGUUCGACGAUGGCGCCGUGUUUUUGGCUGCCUGCUCAAGCGGCGAUACUGAGGAGGUGCUCCGAAUGAUUGACCGGGGUGCUGACAUCAACUACGCCAAUGUAGACGGUCUGACUGCCCUCCACCAGGCGUGCAUAGAUGACAACGUGGACAUGGUGACGUUCCUGGUGGAGCAUGGGGCUGCCAUCAACCAGCCUGACAAUGAGGGCUGGAUCCCCCUCCACGCCGCAGCCUCCUGUGGAUACAUGGACAUAGCAGAGUAUCUGAUUGGCCAGGGAGCCAGUGUGGGGGUGGUGAACAGUGAGGGGGAGACACCACUGGACAUCGCUGAGGAGGAGGCCAUGGAGGAGCUCCUGAAGAAUGAGAUCAACCGACAAGGCGUGGACAUCGAGGCGGCCAGGAAGGAGGAGGAGCGGAUCAUGCUGAGGGACGCCCGGCAGUGGCUCAACAGCGGAACCAUAAACGACGUCCGACACGCCAAGUCCGGGGGGACUGCCCUCCACGUCGCCGCCGCCAAGGGAUACGCUGAGGUUUUAAAGCUUUUAAUCCAAGCAGGGUAUGAUGUAAAUAUUAAAGACUUUGACGGCUGGACCCCGCUCCACGCUGCUUCACAUUGGGGCAAAGAGGAGGCCUGCAAGAUACUGGUGGAGAACCUGUGUGACAUGGACCUUAUCAAUAAAGUGACCCUGGAACCGGAGAAGGUGGACGAGGAAGAGGAGGGCAAGAAGGACCAGGAGUCCAGCUGCUCCAGCGAGGAGGAAGAGGAGGAAGACUCAGAGUCUGAGACUGAAGCCGACAAGAGCAAGACGCCUGUCCCUGUGAGCAACAGUAACGGCACUACUGUGGUGCCAACGCCGACCAGCGUUACGGUGUCCACCUCCCCAACCAGCCUCACUAACCAGGUGACUCUCACCUCGCCUGUCAAGAAGGUCGCCCAGCAGGUGUCCUCUGCCGGUAAGUCUCCCCUAAAGAGGUCUCCCCUAAAGAGGUCUCCCCUAAAGAGGUCUCCCAAAGAGGUCUCCCCUAAAGAUAAACAGGAGGAUGACAAGUCUAAGAAAUCGGACGAGUCCCCGGCGUCAUGGCGCCUGGGCCUGAGGAAGACGGGCAGCUACGGGGCGCUGGCGGAGAUCACUGCCACUAAGGAGGCUCAGAAGGAGAAGGACACGGCCGGGGUGAUGCGCUCGGCCUCCAGCCCCCGCCUUUCCUCCUCCCUGGACAACAAGGACAAAGAGAAGUUUGGUACUAGUGGCUCCUACACCAGGAGACGCUGGGACGAUGAGCUGAAGAACAGUGAAGGAAGCGCUUCCACCAACCGAACAACACCCAGCUAUCAGCGCAGCACGUCCCACACGCUAACGCUAGGGCGGAGCGGCAGCACGCGGGACGUGCCAGCCAAGUCCUCGUCUGCCUCCAGCUUGGACCCUAUCACCUGUAACACUAAACCCUGGCAGUCACCCACCUCCCACUACCAGUCUUGCAGCAUUUACCGCAGUGGUUCCUUUGGCAGGAGGCACGAGGACCUGGGUUCGACCACCUCUUCCUCCACUAGCACUACCACCACCACCUCGUCUGUUACCUCGCCCACCGGCCACCGUGACCGCAGCCUGAUCUCCAGCCUGGGCUCCUCCACCCGCACCGGAUCCUCCAGCCUCACCAGCAGGUACUGGGCAGAGGAGAGUGCGGAGAGGGAAAAGGAGCGGGAGAAGGAGUCUGCGGCAGUCAUCCCUACGAUUAACACUGGUUCUACCACCACCACCACGUCCACUACUGGCACUAUCAUUGGCUCUGACGGCAGGGAGAGACGCAGGUCCGACGCGCGCACAUCGUACCUCACGCCUGUCCGGGAUGAAGAGUCGGAGUCCCAGAGGAAAGCCCGCUCCAGACAUGCUAGACAGUCCAGACGGUCUACCCAGGGUGUGACUCUGACUGACCUCCAAGAGGCAGAGAAGACAAUCGGCAGGAGCCGCCCCACACGGACCCGGGAGGAGGAGAAGGAAGAGAAGGAGAAACAAGACAAGGAGAAGCAAGAGGAGAAGGAGACUGGUGAGACCAAGGAGGACGACUACCGGUCGAGGUACCGCAGCUUCGAAGAGACUUACCAGCGCUUCCGUCCCUCCACCACCUCGACCACCUCCACCCUGAGCACGGCCUCCACCCCGUCCUCCACCACCUCCAGCUCCCUCAACAGGCCCAACAGCCUGAGCGGCAUCACUUCCUCCUCCAGCUCCCUCAACAGGCCCAACAGCCUGACGGGCAUCACCUCUUCCUACAGCCGCUCCUCCAGGGACACUGAGAAAGAAUCCGACAAGAAGCAGGAGGAGGAAAAGGAGGGAGAGGAUAAGUCCCAGCCCCGCUCCAUACGUGAUCGCCGGCGGCCCCGUGAGAAGAGACGCUCCACCGGGGUGUCUUUCUGGACCCAAGAUGGGAGUGAUGACAAUGACCCAGACCAAUCGGCGGACUCGGAGGAAGGCAGCAUCAAGGGUGAACCUCAGGGGUGUGUCCUAUGCAGUGCUGCGGAGCGGACAGUGAUGUGGCCAGGCGCUUGGCUGCAGAUCAGACGCACACAGUGGGAGGAGGAGGGCUGGUGGACGGCGCAACCAGCCAGAAAGCCAGCAUAUCUCUUUGUUGUUGAAGGCUGCACGUUGGGGCGGGGCCUUAACGGAACACCAAAUAGGAAAUGGUCUAUUAUCUCUGCAUGGAUAGGAAAGCAUUCAGGAAGAGCUGCUCCCUCCUGCCAGAUACAACUGGUUGUACAUAGCGACCGACUGUCCAGGAAUGAGAGCAGCACUUCCUCUUCUGACCGCUAUGACCAUCUGGGUGGCUACGGCGAGGGUCGCAGGUCAUUCUCAAGCAGGCUGGACCGAGACGAUAGCACUGACUACAAGAAGCUUUAUGAGCAGAUCCUAGCUGAGAAUGAGAAGCUGAAGUCCCAGUUACGUGACACAGACCUGCAGCUGAAUGACUUGAAGCUACAGCUGGAGAAGGCCACACAGAGGCAGGAGCGCUUUGCUGACCGGUCGCAGCUUGAGAUGGAGAAAAGGGAAAGAAGAGCUCUAGAAAGGAAGAUCUCUGAGAUGGAGGAGGAACUCAAGAACCUCCCAGAGGUAAAGCAGGUUCAGGCCCUGCGUCAGGUCAAGGAGCGGCUGCAGGCAGAGAACAGGGCCCUGGCCCGCGUGGUGGUUAAGCUCUCCCAGUCAGCCUGCAGCCAGCUGCCCCCCUCUGUGGACCUGUAGCCCUGCCCAACCGCUCCUCCUCACCCCCUCACCCUCCCUUCUCAUGCUCCAUUCGUGCUCCGACCUCACCCAUAGACAGGCAGGUCCCCAGCCGCCCAACUACAAGGUUAUCUCCUCCCCCCCUGAGACUGACUCCCCUACCUCCCCUGUCCUCUCUGGUUUUCAUAUUGGGGAGUGUGUUUUGACUGGGCACUUUCCAUUUACAGUACCUAUAGUUCGCAGUAUAGUUAAAUGUUAUUUUCAGUCAGGUAAGUGUCAAUUCAGGUGUUCAUUUUCAUAUAAGCAAAUGUACUACUUUAGUGUUAGUGCAGCACCUGAAGUAUAAAUAUUGGACUACAUGAUUAGGUCUUUAUUCAAUUGAUUUUACUAGAUAAUUUGAUAUACUGUAAAGGAGAGUGCCCCAUUUUGUUAUUUUCCUCCCCAGUGUGCAGUCUUGAAGUCUUUAUCAGGGAGUGCCGUUGUUUCGUUUCUGGCUUUGCAUGACGUGGCUUCCUUUUAGCGUCAAAUGGCGGACAUAUUUUUUUAUGGAGGACGGACACAUUUCCUUUCCCCUCAGUGUCUUUCUCCAGUCCUACCCCCGUUUCAAUUGAGUCUUUAUAGAUGACAUCAACCCAGCUUUGAGACCGGGUCACCCCAAUACUGCAGGUUUAGACUUGGUCUUAUUUAAUUUCCCUGUGACCUAGACAGACAUAGUAAUUUGGCUCUUGCUCAUGAUUUCAAUUUCCAUUACAUACCAUAAGAAGCUCAGGUUGGUUGAUUGUCAUCUGUAAUAAAAUGCCUUAUAGUUUUGCGGUGGACAGUUAUGUUUUGCUCUUGAUCUCCCUGGAUGUUCAGUUGUUCCCUAUGUGAGUGCUGGAGUGUUUCAAGAGGGACUGGGCAAUCCGCCAUGGUUG